UUUCUUCUCCUCGCUUACUCCUCCGAGAAACUUCUUUCUGCUCUCUCUCCCCUCGGAACCCUUUCCAAGCAUCCGCUGCCCGAGCCAGAAGUAGACUCUCAUCCCUCGAGGGGAAGGUCGGGACUAUACUUUCGAAGUCAAGGAGACCGAUUGAAGAUGAAGACGAUGAAGAAAUGACAGAGGCAGUGGGCGAGGAAGAGGAACAGUUGCCUUUCAAUUCGUCUUCUUCAUUGCUCUCUCUGACCGGGAAGCCCGAUAGGAGCCUUGCAUUGCUCGAUGAUUAUGAGCUCGGUGCGCUGGAUUCUGAUGGCUCCAGCAGCCCAUCACAUCGCAGUGGAUAUGUAGCUGUUUUAGGUAAGCCAAAUGUAGGAAAGAGUACUCUUUCGAACCAAAUGAUAGGGCAGAAGCUCUCCAUUGUUACGGAUAAACCUCAAACUACAAGACAUCGAAUACUUGGUAUAUGUUCAGACACUGAUUAUCAGAUCAUACUAUAUGAUACACCUGGUGUCAUUGAAAAGAAAAUGCACAAGUUAGAUUCUAUGAUGAUGAAGAAUGUUCGAACAGCUGCAAUUAAUGCAGAUUGUGUGCUUGUUGUUGUUGAUGCUUCUAAGGUUCCUAAGAAGAUUGAUGAGAUUUUUGAAGAAGGUGUUGGUGCUCUCAAAGACAAAGUUCCUAUUCUCGUAGUGUUGAAUAAGAAGGAUCUAAUUAAACCUGGGGAGAUUGCUAAGAGGCUUGAGUGGUAUGAGAAAUUCACAUUUGCUGAUGAUAUCAUACCUGUGAGUGCAAAAUAUGGACAUGGAGUGGAUGAUGUCAAGGAUUGGAUCCUUUCGAAACUGCCCCUGGGACCGGCUUAUUAUCCCAAGGACAUAGCCAGCGAACACCCUGAAAGAUUCUUUAUUGCAGAAAUUGUAAGGGAAAAGAUCUUUAUGCAAUAUAGAAACGAAGUGCCCUAUGCAUGCCAGGUGAACGUUGUCAGCUACACUAGCAGGCCUAAUGCAAAAGACUUUAUUCAAGUUGAAAUUGUUGUUGAGAAAAACUCGCAAAAAAUCAUCCUCAUUGGGAAGGAUGGGAAGGCUUUGAAAAUUCUAGCGACAGCGUCACGGCUUGAUAUUGAAGAUUUUCUGCUGAAAAAAGUCUAUCUUGAGGUUGAAGUGAAGGUUAAAGAAAAUUGGCGGCAAGAUGAAGGCCUUCUGAAGAACUAUGGCUAUGAUGGUCAAAUUCGUGUAAUAUGAAGUAGUUAUUCAUCAUGUUUUUCCACUCUUCUAGUGAAUAUUGCUUUGGGUUGAUUUGAAGCAGAACCUGAUGGACCAGAAAGCUGAAAGAUUCUUAUUCAGAACAUUGCCAUCCAAAUGCACAACAGAAUCUUGAUCAUUUCCUACCUUACGGAAAGUAGCGUGUCAGGAUCUUGGAGCAUCAAAUCAUUAUGGAGAUUCACCGUUAGCGCUUGCUGCAUUGGCAACGGGCAAAAACAUUGAGAGCAUGAGGUUUUUCCUAUCUCAUUCUUGUCAAGGAUGUCCUGCAAUGCUCUUCUUAUUAGUGUGAAAAUUCUUUUUGAUCUCAUAAAAUUCUGAUUAAUUCCUUUGUGCGAUAUGUAAUACAUAUAUAAUAAAAUUAUUUAUAGUUUGAUAAUUCUCAAGUUGGUAUCUUGUGACCUAAUAAAAUUCCUUUCUGAAAUGGUUAAAUUGUUUAGUUCA